AUGGCCGUUCGCUUUUCUUCCCGAAAUGUGGGGCUGCACGUGGAGGUGUCGGAGAUGGAGGCUGCAACCAGGAGCCUUGUCCGCUGGCAAGGCGGCCCCAACAAGGACUCCAAACAGGAAGCCUUCGAGCUUUACCCAGACCGUGGCUUCGACGAAGCUUUGGGCUUGUACCGGCACAAGCCUCCAUGGACGGCGCCAGCACCAGUAUCGCAGCUCUCGCAACUACCUGGAGAGACCCUUUUCGCGCUCGCUCGGACAGGGACCUCGAUUGUGGUUCUUUGUCCGCUAGCAAAUCUGGCCAAGGGCGUCGUUGCAUCUUUGCGAGGCAGCCAACGUGGUCUCGAUGACUUUGAAGUUGUUAUUCGCAGUGAGGGCGAUGCAACAGAGGCAGCUGUGCUAUUGAUCCUGGAAUGCGUGGACAUGGGUGCCGCCGCUGCAGCACGCCUAGCAGCGCAGGAGGUCGCACAGACUCUGCGCUCCGAAGGGUGGCCCUUUCAGCUGCGAGCCGAGAAGCCGCUGCCGGAGCUCUUUGCCCGCUGGGGUUGGUGCUCCUGGGAUGCGCACGGCGUCGCGGUCAAAGCCGAGCAUUUGGAGGCCAUGGCAGCAAAGCACUGCCCUCCCUGGCUGGUUCUCGACGAUGGCUGGCAGGAGGAUGUGAAUCCAGCAGAGUGGCGGCAAUGGCUGCAUACCCCGCAGACUCGACGGCUGGCGCGUCCAGGCUUCGGGUCGCUUCAGGAUCUCGUCGGAACCCUCAGACGUUCUGGCUCAUCUUUGCUCGUUUGGCACACGUUGCUGGGCUACUGGGGAGGUGUGGCUGAUGGCCAGGGCUUUGCAGUCGCACGCCGACGGCCGGUCUGGCCGUCUGGGCUUCAGGAAGGCUGCCCGGGAGAAGUGGACGUUUGGGACGGAGACUUCUGUGCCCUUGAGAUGGAGGACGAAGAACGAUUCUACGAGGACUUUUACACCGCUCUUGCGGACGCAGGGGUUGCCGGAGUGAAGUGUGAUGGGCAGUUCCUUCCAGAGGUUCUAGUCGGCGCCCAGCGUGCUGCAAAGCUGGCCCAGACGCAGGCCGCUGCCGCUGCGCGUAUGGGGGGCCGUGUCAUCAGUUGCAUGGCAAUGACGCUUCCUUGUGUCCAUGGAGGGUCUGCUGUGCUUACCCGCGUCUCCGACGAUCACGCCUACCCGGGUGUUCCUGAGGAUGCAAGGUCAGUUGCUCGUCACAUCUGGCACUGUGCCGCCAAUUCGCUGUGGCUUUCGCCCUUCGUGCACUGCGACUGGGAUAUGUUGAAAACGGGGGAGUGGCACUCGGGCAUCCACGCGGCGGCGCGCGCUGUGGCGGGCUGCCUGGUUUACGUCAGCGAUCCUGCAGAGAGUUUCGACCCCGAGGUGUUGCGUCCGCUCCUCCUUCCAGAUGGCACUGGGCUCGUGGUCCCUUGCCAGUCUUCGGCCGUUCCCAUCGAGCGCCACGUCUUUCUGGACCCGCUGAGCAGGGCAGAGCUCGUGUGGCUCCGAAACGAGACCAAGGGUGGGCACAUUGCUGCGGCUUUCGGUCUGUGCGACACACAGGGGGAGAUCAUGAGCUCCACCUUGUAUCCAGCCGAUGUGGAUGAGGAGCCGGGCAGCCAUGCCUGCCUUCAAGUAGAUCCUCGUGGACUGGGACAUGCUGGGGAAUUUACUGCGAAAGGCUGGGAUGUGCAGCUGCAUUUCAUGGGUUUCAUGGUGCUUGCUCUCGCACCCAUCCUCUCGCUCUUCGGUCAACGGCUAGCUGUGUUUGGGCUUGCGGGAAUCUGGAAUCCCACUGGAACACUUGCCGAACCACCCUCUGCUGGCAGUGAUGGACUCAACGUCCGCUUGCUGUCGGCUGGACGGCUGCUGCUCUGGAGCGAAGGCGCACUGUCUUUGCUGAGUGCUGCUGGACCAGUGAUGCUGCAGCCUGGGUUAAACAGUCUUGAUGUGUCAGACACGCACAUCGUCUUAACAACCGGGGUGUGA